CUGCGAGCAACAACUUUCUCCGAUUGACACAGAAUGGAGAGGAGCUGACGCACCGUUAUUUACCGGACCGUUAACUUUCCUCCUCAAGCUUUUCCUCAUGCCAUCACAGCCUUCACGCUGCGUUAGACCAGGAAAAUACAACUAAAAUAUAUUUUUGCACACAGUCUGAGCACUGAAGAGCUGACAAUUCCCCCUUUUUUUGUUUUUUCCCCUUCUUCUUUUUAGACACUUUAAGCGCGUUAUUACGCAUGAUGCGCAAAGGGAUGGCUACUCUUCGGAGACACAAAACGGGAGUACAACAUGUUUUUUAUGUCUAUCUCUCUAUUUCACUUGCUUAUUCUUACAAUAUAGACUUAGAACAUCCUCUGGUUUUUCGGGGGCCGAAUUCUAGUUUUUUUGGCUACUCUGUGCUGGAGCAUUAUCAUGACAACACACGCUGGGUAAUAGUCGGGGCUCCAAAGGCAAACUCAACCUACAGUAGCUCUGUGCACUCUCCUGGAGCUGUGUAUAAGUGUCGAGUUCACAGCAACCCAGAGCGCCGCUGCACAGAGAUGGAUCUGGGAAGAGGAAACAAGCCGAGGGAGUCGUGUGGGAAGACGUGCCAGGGUGACAGGGAUGACGAGUGGAUGGGGGUCAGCCUGGCCCGCCAGGACAGAGCCAACGGCAAAAUACUGGCCUGUGCUCACCGCUGGAAAAACGUCUUCUACGAGGCAGAGCAUAUCCUUCCCCACGGAUACUGCUCCAUCAUUCCUCCCAAUCUCCAGGGCAGGACCAAGCCGCUCAUCCCUUGUUAUGAAGACUAUAAGCAGAAGUAUGGGGAAGAGCACGGCUCGUGCCAAGCCGGGAUAGCGGGAGUUUUUACGGAGGAGCUGGUGGUGAUGGGGGCACCGGGGUCAUACUACUGGACGGGGACGAUCAAGGUGUACAACCUGACUUCUGACUCUUUCUACAGCCCGAACAAAGAAGACGUGGACUCUCACAGAUACAGCUACCUCGGCUAUGCUGUGACUGCUGGACACUUCUCCUCUCCUAAUGUAAUAGACAUUGCUGCAGGGGCGCCUCAGCACAGCGGCAGUGGAAAAGUUUACAUUUUCAAAAUCGACGGUGGGUCUUUGGUGAAGAGCUUUCAAGCCUCAGGGAAAAUGAUGGGCUCUUACUUUGGCUCCUCAUUGUGUGCAGUUGAUCUGAACCAGGACGGCUUGUCGGACCUGCUGGUGGGGGCACCCAUGCACAGCCAGCUCCGGGACGAGGGCCAGGUGUCUGUGUAUCUCAGCAAGGGCAAUGGGGUGAUGGAGGAAGAAGGUGUUUUGAGUGGUGACAAUGCUUACAAUGCACACUUUGGAGAAUGCAUUACUGCAAUCGGAGACAUAGAUGAUGAUGGAUAUCAAGAUGUAGCAAUAGGAGCCCCUAAAGAGGAUGACUAUGGAGGAGCAGUGUAUAUCUACCAUGGGGAUGCCACAGGAAUCAUCAGCAAAUACUCCAUGAAACUGUCUGGGCGCAGUGUAAACCCUGGUCUGCAGAUGUUUGGCCAGUCAAUCUCCGGCAACGUGGACAUGGAUGGCAAUGGAUACGCAGAUGUCACUAUUGGAGCUUUCAUGUCAGACAGUGUGGUCCUGCUGAGAACUCGGCCUGUCAUUACCGUGGACGUCUCCAUCUUCCUGCCCGUCUCCAUCAACAUCUCUGUUCCUCAGUGCCACGAGGGACACCAGAACAUAAACUGCUUCAACGUCACCGUCUGCAUGCUCUUCCGGGGAAGACAGCUGCCAGGACAGAUAGAGUUGCUGUAUAACUUGACAGCUGAUGUCGAUAAGCGACAGAAAAGCCAGCCUUCCCGUGUAUACUUCACUCAAAGCGGAUCUCAGAUCAGCCAGAUGAGCCAGCAGAUCAACUUGGACAUCAACAGGGAGGAGUGCCAGCGCUACACUGCCUACGUUAAGAAAGAUGUAAAGGACGUGUUCACAGCCAUCACGUUCGAGGUGGCUUACAGCCUGGGGAAGCAUGUACUGUCGGGACACCAGGAGCGAGAUCUGCCCGCUCUCACUCCUGUGCUAAGAUGGAGAAAAGGAAACAAGAUCGCAGCGAGGAACGAGACUUGGUUCGAGAAGAACUGCCUCUCAGACGACUGUGCUGCAGACCUGAGGCUUCAUGGGAAACUGUUGCUCUCUGGGUUGUAUAGCAAACCCCAUUUGGCCCUCGGAGGAGUGAAGAACGUCUCUUUAAACCUGACCAUCUCUAACGCUGGGGACGACGCCUACGACACCAACAUCUACUUCAACUUCUCCAGAGAAGUUUUCUACAUCAACUUCUGGCAGAAGGAAGAGAAGGGUAUUUCCUGUGGACUUGUUGAUUUGGACUUCCUCAAAUGCAGCGUGGGAUUUCCUUUCAUGAGAGCGCAGACUAAGUAUCAUUUUGCAGUGAUUUUUGACACGAGUCAGCUCUCUGGGGAAAAUGACACAUUGCAGUUCUUAGUUCAAGCAAAAAGCGCCAAUCCUGAGCACAUCCUCUCUGACAACAGUUUGGAUAUGUCCAUCCCUCUGGUUCAUGAGACUGACACGACUAUUACUGGUGUGGUGACACCGACCUCCUUCGUGUAUGGAAACUACAUCGAUGCCUCUCGCUACGUACAGUUGGAAGACAUGGAGUGUAACUUUCAGCCUCUUAAUCUCACUUUCCAGGCCAUAAACAAGGGGCCCAGCAGGCUGCCUGGCUCCACUGUGGACAUCAGAAUACCCAACCGGCUGGCUGGCAGCGGAGCUGACAUGUUCCACAUCAUUGAAACACAGGUAGCCGAUGGCCGAGGGAACUGCACCCCUCACAGGAACCCGACACCGUGCACCGUCCCCAAGGACAAAGAGAACAUCUUCCACUCCAUCUUUGCCUUCUUCACCAAAUCAGGACGCAAAGUCUUAGACUGUGACCGCCCUGGAAGAGCUUGCAUGACAAUCUCCUGCAGUCUGGGCCUACAAUUAAAAGAUGAAGCUCUGAGCAUAGAUAUAAAGCUUCUACUCAACACUGAAAUUCUCAAGAGGGACAGUUCCUCUGUGAUCCAGUUUGUGACAAGGGGCAGCGUGCAAGUAAAUGACAAGGCAGUGGAGGUGCCAUUGGGCCUGCCAGAGGACAUUUCUCUUGUGUUCGAGGCUCUCCACAGUCAGGAGCCAAGGGGUUACGUAGUUGGCUGGAUCAUUGCCAUCAGUCUGCUGGUGGGAAUCCUCAUCUUUUUGCUGUUAGCUGUGCUACUCUGGAAGAUGGGAUUCUUCCGUCGGCGCUACAGAGAGAUCAUUGAGGCUGAAAAGAACAGGAAGGACAGUGAUGAAAGCUGGGACUGGAUGGAAAAGAACCACUGAGACUUGUAGUGGGGGUCCCACAGGAGCCAAUGAGAUUAGGGAUUGGGUCGAGAAGCAUCCAAUAGCACGUGGUCUCGCAGCCCAGCUGCCCCAGUGGCACCAGGCCCUUCAAUCUUCCAUAUGUGGAAGAGAAGAAUAUUCUCCAUAUUUUUUGGAGACUUGAUAUUUUUGUGUGGGUGGUGGUCCAGGAAACAGGCUUCUGAGGUGACAGUGUGGCUUGCCAGAGGACACUUGCUGUUGAAUUCAGCCAAUCUCAAAGGACGUAACUCCCAGCCAGCGAGAGCGGAGCUGUUGAUGGAGACCUACAUCCUUACGGGGAUGUGGCAACAGCAUGAAUACUGGUGGACAAUAAAACCCUCAGGGCUGUGUUACAUAGCAAAUUUAUUUUUAUACAUACACUUUAAGCCAUAUUGUAUAAAUCUGGGCUUCAAGAAAAGAUGGGGUUUUGAAGGCCAUUAUAAACAUACUGUAUCUCCAGUAUGUUUUCCUAAAAGCACUGACGUUUGAUAAGGAUGAAUGCUUUGGCCCCAUAGCUUUACUUUUUAUGCCAAAGAUAUGUCCUGUAUGGUAUAUGAUUGAAAUCGUUUGUAUAUUCAGUUCCUUCUGGGAGUGAAAGAUUGUAUCUUUUCUGUACUAUUUCUGCCUUAUGAAUAUCUGGUUUACACAUCAGACUCCCACUCCCUCCCACAGAUAAUAAGCCGGAGCUAAUUCAACAAUGAAAAACGCUAUGUCCUCGUGUCAUCCGCUAGUGUUGUCAGGGUUGUUCCAGAAGUGCUGAGGGCCCAGUAGAAGCGCUCUCUGAGGUCAUUAGGAUCCAGCUCAGGAUAUGGUAAUGAACCGAACAGUAGAGUCUCUAUUAACACUUUAUUUGCCAUGUUUCCUUUAUUAUUCACGCCUGAAGAGGUUGUGAAUAAAACAUUCACAUUUCAAGCUUUGAGACUUUUCAUAAGCAUUCCAUUUGUGAUGGUCUGGCUUUUAAACAGUUGUUUGUAGGCGAUAAAAGCGGAUGUAACAAAGUGAUUUUCUCCAUUUCAAAUUUGAAUGAACAAAUGCUUUGAAAGUGAAAUGUGCAGGAGAAGAGUAAAUUAUCUGAAGCUGCUUCUGCAAGGAUCCGAUGCUCAGGUAUGCAGCUGACUUUUUAAAUGGACCCCCAAAGGUUUCCAGGCUCAAGUGAAGACUGAAAUAUUGUAAGAUAUGAUAAAUAUACGUCAUGACUUCUAAGCCGACCAUAUUUAAUUUUACUAUUAUGUUAUUAGGCAUUUGGUUUUAGUGUGAAAUAUGAGAUACAUUAUUCUCCACGGUCAGAUGAAAGUCUGCGAUGGGAGUCCACCUACAGUCAUUUACAGGGGCCCAUGGCAUGAGUAAUGCCCUAAAAAUAGGUGGGAAUGUGCUGCACUCAAUCACUUCACAGAAACGGGCUCUUUGGGGCUCAUGGGAAAAGCUCGUUUUAAGUCAACAUGGAGGAAUGUCAGCUCCCUGAAAAUCUGCCACUAUUAAAGUUCACAGCUUCUCAGUACUCAAAUUUUACCCCACAUGUUCUUGAGAGUCAAAAGCUGUGUUUGAUUGUGAAUUAAAGUUUAUAUUAAAGGUCCCUAAAGAAAUAAGAAUACUAACUAUUUCAUACAUUUGUAGAGAUUUAUUGCAAAAUAACAAGAAGAAAAAAAGUCAUGUUCAAAAAACAUGUUUGUUUGGAUGUCAGUUUUGCAGAAUGUAUCAAUAACGAUGGAAUUAUAAUUCAUUAUAUCAAAACAGAUAUUUUGCAGUAGUCGUGCAAUAAGAAAGAUGAAUUUCACACUUCAGUGCUUACACACUAAAUGGCUCACUAUGAUUGAUUUUGUGCUGUAUAAACCUUUUAUUGAUCCAAUAUGGUUACUUUUAUCAUUUCAUUCCACUGGCAUGACAGCAUAUACUGUACACAUUCACGUCCUCCCUCUGCAUCUGUUAAACCGAUGCUAAACCUGUAUGCAGAGAAACCGACACUUGACAAUAUUUUAAUGAAUUUGAACUGUGAUGUUUGUUGACACCGUCAAUCACACCGCUAUUUGGGUUUUUUGUUCUGAGUAUACUACUGUCACUGAAUAUCAUUUUCAUUAUAGUGUGAUGUAUGUUUGAUGUUUAAAGUCAUGUUGGAGCUGUAUAUUUAUCUGUUGAAAAAAAAUUGAGUGAAAUUUCA